AUGACAUCCCCCGAGUACAACAAUGUGGGGUUCAUCGGUCUCGGUGCCAUGGGAACUCCCAUGGUAGGUCAACUCGCUGAAAAGCUUCCCAAGGAAGCGCGGAUACAUGUUUUUGACGUGGUCGAAAGCGCCGUGGAUGAGAUCUGCUCUCGGUAUCCGAACCGAGUCUUCAAAGGCGUCAAUGCUAAAGAUGUAGCAGAAAAGUCGGAAAUCAUCUUGACCAUGGUCCCGGAAGACGCACACGUCAAAUCAGUCUACGUAGACGGAGAAACCAGCAUAUGCAGCACAGACAUAUCCAACAAAUUGCUUAUUGACUGCUCUACAAUCGACACGGCGACCAGUCUCUUGGUCAAAGACUACAUCAAUAAGAACUUCCCAUCCGCUUCCUUCUAUGAUGCUCCCGUCAGCGGCGGUGUAAUCGGCGCACAGAAAGGCACAAUUGCAUUCUUCUUAGGCUGUUCUGAUGAAGAUCCAAACCUUCUUCGCAUCACACGCCUGCUCAGCAUGAUGGGAAAGGAAGUGAUACCUUGUGGUGGACCAUCUCUUGGUUUAGCAGCGAAACUCUCUAACAACUAUCUAUCGGGCAUUAUCGCGAUCGCAUGCUCAGAAGCUAUGGAUAUGGGGAUGCGUUCUGGCCUAAGUCCAAAAGUCCUGACGAAGGUUUAUGCAGCAGGCACUGCGCAGAAUACAAUUUGCGACAGAUUUAACCCGGUGCCUGGGGUGUAUCCGGAUGCGCCGUCAAGCAAUGGUUAUAAAAACGGAUUUAAAGUGCAACUGAUGCGCAAGGAUUUCGCCUUGGCCGUCGACAUGGCCCAUAGAGUUGGUGCUCGACUUGUCUUGGGCGAUGCUGGGUUAGAAACCUACGAGGGUGCAAGUCAAGAUCCUAGAUGCAGGGACUUGGAUUCUCGAGUUGUCUUUCGAUACUUGGGUGGAAACGAGAAUUGGCAGGAGAAAGAGAAACCAUAGAGUCUAACUCAGUAAAAGCUGUACAUAUUCGAAUCGAUGCCCAGGUUCGAGUGAG